AUGGCCAACGGUCGCAAUAACAAGAAAAAAGUCAUUCCAUCGGUACAUCGUCCGCCACCAACAUCCACGACGGAGAACAACUUUCCUGCCACUAAGUUCUACAGAAGGAAAUUGAGGCAUCGCAACAAACGUGUACUUAUUAUUGUUCCACCCAAGGACGCAAUCUUGGAGAUCAAAAGAUCCGUGGAAAACUUUGGAGUUCCGAUACGGGAAGUUGGUCCCUUGCCUGGAGAGAACGAUUUGUUCUCUAUAGUUGAGGACGCAUAUGGACUAGCCAAGCAGGAGCUCAGAAUGAAUGUCAGUGUUAUCGCAUCCGAUAUUUUUAAACAAUGUGCUAAAGAAGGUAAAAAACGUUGA